AUGGUAACUACACGCAAACAAGCUGAUCAACUCACCCAAGAACAAAUUGCUGAAUUCCGUGAAGCCUUCAACCUCUUUGACAAAGACCAAGAUGGUUCUAUAUCUACAAAAGAGCUUGGCACCAUCAUGCGUUCCUUAAACCUGAAUCCUACCGAAGCUGAGCUUCAAGAUAUGAUCAAUGAAGUUGACAGUGAUGGUAAUGGCCUUGUUGAUUUCUCUGAAUUCUUGACCAUGAUGGGAAGAAAAAUGAAGGACGCUGACUCUCAAGAGGAAAUUGAAGAAGCCUUCAAAGUGUUUGAUAAGGAUGGUAAUGGAUACAUCUCUGCUGCCGAGUUACGUCACGUCAUGACUUCUCUUGGUGAAAAAAUGACUGAAGAAGAAGUUGAUGAAAUGAUUCGUGAAGCUGAUGUAGACGGUGAUGGUCAAAUUAACUAUCAAGAAUUUGUCAAGAUGAUGAUGUCUAAAUAA